AUGAUCAUGAAAAUAAAACAAUUUCUAAAUGACAAUACUGCAACUCAAGCUAUUAAUAAAGUCAUUAUGGCUUUAUCUGAUUUGAAACUAAUUGUUAAUGAUACUUACUUUAUGUCUUAACUUGAAAUUAGCAAUCGUCUUAAACAAUUUUUUAUAAAUGAUCAAACUAAAGUAGGGAUAUAUACUUCAUUUAGAUGUUAUUUUUAAACUAAUUCUUACAAGUAGUAGGAGAUCACUUAUAACAGAAGGAAAAUUUUUAUGUAAAACUCAAAAUGCUGCUUUUAGUCCAUAUAAUUAUCAGUUCAUAAGUAGCAAGAGCAGAGUUUUCUAAAAUGAUCAUAAAUACAAAAUUAACUAUAAAUAUUAAAGCAAAUGAUGGGACAGAUAAUUUGAUUGGCCAAUUGUGUUAAUCAUAUUAUUGUUAUAUAUAUAAGUUAGCAUCAUAGACAACUUUAAUUAAUGAAGAUUUUGGUAAGCCUUAAGAUGAUUUAAUGAUUUAUUUUACUCUUUCAAAUUAAUGUUAUAUUGGGAUGAAUAUGUAAAGAUUGAUUGAAACAAUUAAUAAUGAACAAGUACCAAAUGAUAUAAUAGCUCAUUUAGUUAAAUUUUUGUAUUUUGAUAUUUAAGACAUUUAUAUUUUCAUCUUGAAAGAUGUAAAGUAUUUAAUUGAAAAGAAUCCAAAUCUCAUAAAUAACAAGUAACAAUUGUUAGAACUAUAUAAAGAAGUAAAUAGAUAUAUUAAUUAAAAUAGUGUUAAUCUUUAUAGGCAAGAAUGCUUACCUUUUAUAAAUUCAAUCGCAUCUUCCCUCAUUUUAAUUAAAUUAUGCCUCCACAUUCAAUCUAAAUCAAAUGUGCAAUCUUAAAUUUGGUUAUAGAAGAUAAACAGAUUUAAGAAGCUUCAAAAUUUAAUGCCCAUAAAAUAAGAGAACCUCUUUCUGUUAAGAAUUCAGAGAAAAAAACUUAAGAUUAUACACGACCUUUCUCGCCCAAAGUAAAUCAUUGA